AAGAUUUAGAAAGUUUAUUCAGAAUUAUGAUAAACUGUGGGAGGUACUAUAUAAAGAUUGAUUUGAAAGGUGUUAAGGCAUCAGUAGCGAUUCAUUUGUGUUAACUUCAAGAACUUUUUCUUCUUACAUCCAACCAAAACUUAUCCAGCAACAUGAAAUUUGUCAUUUCUGCCAUAGUCGUGCUUGCCGUUGUCGCAGUUGCCCAAUCAUCUGUAAUUGGUCUCGCUGGACCUGGAUCUAUUGCUGUUCAAGCUUCAGUUGCUAAUGGUCCACAAGCUGCUGUUAAUGUUCAUACCAUUCCCAAUAUUGUUGCUGUUCAAAAUGUAGCUGGUGUUGUUGGUGUUGCUCCAAUUGCUGUUGCUGGACCAGCAACCUAUGUUGCUCAGAACCGUGGUGUGGUUCAUGUUGCACCAUUGGAAGGACACGUCCAAUCUGCUGUGUCUCUUAACUUGCAAGCAGCUCCAGGAACUGCCUAAAUGGAUUACGAGACAUUUUAAACCAUAAUUUCAAUUGCAUGAAUUUUGAAAAAACCACCUUUUAACUUUGGAAACUAAAUUUUAAUUUUAACUAAAAUUUAAUAAUAUCGAAAAUAAAAUAUUUUAGAUUAAUUGAUUUGAAUAUUUAUUUGCAUUAAAAACCUCUCAAAUAACACUUUAAUUCUUUGUCAAACUUUGAUAAAUAAUUUAGCUUACUUUUUAAAAAUGGUUUAAUAGUAAGCCCUUUUUAAACAACUG